AGAGAGAGCGCGCGCGCGCGCAGAGAGAACAGCGUGUGUACGGUGACCGAGAGCGCACUGGCAGAGCGGCUGGUGAAUGUGAUUUAACCCCCGUCUCCAGGCAACCGGACCAUCAUCCUCCCGUUCAGCGCUGCACCGGGACCGUGUUACAGUGAAUAUCCGGUGCAUCAUUCCAUCAUUGAGCUCCAGUAUGGACUAGCGGCUUUAUUCACACAGCAGCGGCACGGCGGAGCGUCUGUUUGUCGGUAACAUGCCACAGAAAUCCUAAAAGGAAACCUCGCCGUUCAGUCCGGAUUGUUUUUGUUCUCGUGGAUUAAACUUGUGUCCGGGAUGGGGAAGGAGCAGGAGCUGCUGGAGGCGGCGCGGACCGGGAAUGUGGGGCUGGUGGAGAAGCUGCUGAGUGGGAAGAAAGGAUUGCUGGGCUCGGGCUCCGGCUCCAUACCUCUGCCCGGGUUACUCAGUAUGUGGAGAGGCGUCAGUGUGAACUGUGCUGAUGGCUCAGGAUACACACCUCUGCACCACGCAUCUCUGAACGGACACAGGGACGUGGUGUUAAAGUUGCUGCAGUUUGAAGCCUCUGCUAAUGUGGCAGACAGUAAGGGCUGUUUUCCUCUGCAUCUGGCCGCAUGGAGAGGUGAUGUGGACAUAGUCCAGAUACUGAUCCACCACGGCCCGUCCCACAGCAGAGUUAAUGAGCAGAACCAUGAAAAAGAGACGGCUCUGCAUUGUGCGGCUCAGUACGGUCACUCCGAGGUGGUCCGUGUUUUGCUGCAGGAGCUGACGGACCCCAGCAUGAGGAACAGUCGCGGGGAAACGCCGCUGGACCUGGCUGCCCUGUACGGACGCCUGCAGGUGGUCCGCCUGCUACUGACCGCCCACCCCAACCUUAUGAGCUGCAAUACACGCAAGCACACUCCUCUACAUCUGGCCGCACGAAACGGCCAUCACACAACCGUUCGAGUGCUGCUGGAGACCGACAUGGACGUUAACACACAGACAGAGAAAGGAAGUGCACUCCAUGAAGCCGCACUCUUUGGAAAGAUGGAUGUAGUUCAGCUACUGCUUGACUCAGGGAUUGAUGCCAAUAUCAGAGAUUACCAAGGAAGAAGUGCUCUAGACGUACUAAGAGAACACCCAUCUCAGAAAUCACACCAAAUCGCUUCUCUCAUUCAAGAUUAUAUGAUGUCGGAUUGUGAAAAAGAGAAUUUUCCCGAAGAUUUAGUCCGUCAGCGUCCAAUACCGACACCACGCACAUCAAUACCCUCACCUGUGCCCUCCCCGUCUCUACGGCAUAAAAAUGAUGCAGUAACAGGGGAGUUGUCCAAGUUGCUGAAUGAAAUAAAGAUCUGCCGUGAUAAGGAUUGCUCCUUCGAGGAGCUGUGUCAGACCAUCUCUUCUCACUCUCAGUCCAUGGAAAGCUUCAGCAGUGGGAGGCUGUCUGACGAAGAACGCAACGGCACUCUCACUCGAAUAAACAAGCGGCCCUCUCCCCCUUUGCCCCCGGCGAUGGAAGAGGAGGAAAAGAGUUGCGGACCAUCAGGCCUGUGGGAGGCACUCACUCCCUGCAACGGCUGCAGAAACCUGGGCUUUUCUCAGGACAAGCGAUGUGCUGAAAUUGCUCAUUCUCCAUCACUGGAUGUGUUUUUACCAGAAGAUGAGGACAACCCUUACGAGUCAGUGGCUACAGCUGUCACAUGCAAACCCUGCUCUCUGGACAUCCACCUCCACAACAGCGGCCACUUCUCACAUGUGUCGGUCAGUGAUGCAGAGCAAGGUAACCAUGGUGAUGGCUUUACAGGCCUGACUCCUGACUGCUCCCCUCCUUCACCUGAUACAGCCCUGAGGAACAUCGAGAGAGUCAUCCGCCCCCAGCCUAAGCAACGGACCUCAUUGUCCUCCUCCCAGGAUGUCCAGAAACCCCUCCAGAACCACAGCGGUCAGCCUUCAGAGGUCAGUUCAUCACUCGGCUACGCCAGCUUCAGCACCAGCCCCCCCGCCAGCCCCCCCAUCAGCCCCGCCAACUGCUCCGUCGGAUCGGUCGAAGACUACGGCCUCACUGAGGCAGUGCACCAGAAGGAGUGCAUAGAUCAAGACGACAGAAGAAAUAGCCACGUUCCCGAGCAGUUCGCUGGCCUCCUUCACGGCUCGUCUCCUGCCUGCGAAUCCCCUGACAACCCUUACCAGCUCUACAGCAAAGUGCGAAAGUUCAGCGUUCCUGAGCCUCCGCCCCGGCACGGGAAUUUUCUCAGAGCACCCGAGUACUCGCCCCCAUUCCCUCGCACAGGCAGCGAGGCAUCUGCCCUAAAGACCCAGAAAGAAGCCAAACCGCAGAUAGUCUACAGGACGAUUUUUCACACCCAGGUCAACCAGGGCCCAUUUACGCUCACCGAAUCGGGUGACAAGACCUCUGGGGUCCAUGUGAGGAACAGGGAGUUCCGGAGCAAAAGCAAGGGCGGCUCUAGCCCAGCAAGCAGCAGUUCCGGCUACGAGGAAAGAGCCUGCACUCUCGGGAGGAUGAGGUCCAUGCCCAAAAACGUUUUGGACCUUCAGCUGUCCAGAAAUUUCUCCAAAUCAGACUCAAACCUGGUGGCCGUGUCUCCCAUCGAGGAGGAGCAGUGGAGUUCCAGGGGGCAGAACAGCCCCGGUAAAAACAGCCCCAACAGACUAGAGAGAACCCCUUCCUUUACGGCAGAGUGGGAAGAGAUUGACAAGAUUAUGAGCUCCAUAGGUGCUGGAAUUGGCACAGAGUUGGAGGGGGUUACGGAGGAUAACUCAGGCCCCCGCUGCCCCGUCCAGUCCGUGGGACAGUGGCUGGACAACAUCGGUCUCGUGCAGUACGAAAGCCACCUGCUGUCUAACGGCUUCGACAACGUUCAGUUUAUGGGUAGUAAUGUCGUGGAGGACCAGGACCUGCUAGAGAUCGGGAUUUUAAACUCUGCCCACAGACAGCGACUUCUUCAGGCUAUUCGCCUGCUGCCCAGGGUUCGGCCCAUCGGUUACGAUGGAAAUAACCCCACCUCAGUGGCCGAAUGGCUGGAGUCUCUGGAGCUGGGAGACUAUACCAAGUCUUUCCUCAUCAACGGCUACACCUCCAUGGAGCUGGUCAAGAAGAUCUGGGAGAUCGAGCUCAUUAAUGUUCUUAAGAUUAAUUUGAUCGGCCACCGGAAAAGAAUACUAGCAUCACUUGGAGAUCGACUGCACGAAGACCCUCCACAGAAACCACCACGGGCUAUCUCUCUAAGGGAGCCCACUGGGAACCACACUCCUCCUCAGCUGUCCCCUUCUCUGAAUCAGGCCUAUCCCAACGCCGGCUCCCUGGACGUCCAGCACCUCAUCAUGCAGGCCGACGCCAGACGCAGACGCAACGAUAACUACUUCGAGGAUGUCCCACGCUCCAAACUCGAGAGACAGAUGGCACAAGUCAGUAUGACGACAGCAGAGCCGAUGACGCAAGGGGAAUGGUGUGAGCCAAUCACGUUAAGGCCUCCGAACGAGGCGACGUCAUCUACGCCGGUGCAGUACUGGCAGCACCAUCCUGAGAAGCUCAUAUUCCAGUCAUGUGACUAUGAAGCAUAUUAUCUGGGCUCUAUAUUGGUGAAGGAGUUACGCGGUACAGAGUCCACGCAUGAUGCCUGCGCAAAAAUGAGGAAGUCUACAGAACAGAUGAAGAAGAUUCCCACCAUAGUACUGUCUGUCUCCUAUAAGGGCGUCAAGUUUAUCGAUGCAACUAACAAGAACAUUAUAGCAGAGCAUGAGAUCAGGAAUAUCUCGUGUGCCGCGCAGGACCCUGAAGAUCUGUCCACAUUCGCGUACAUCACCAAGGACCUGAAAUCCAGCCAUCAUUACUGCCACGUGUUUACAGCUUUUGAUGUGAAUCUGGCCUACGAGAUUAUCCUGACGUUGGGCCAGGCGUUUGAGGUGGCGUAUCAGUUAGCCCUGCAGGCCAGAAAAAGCGGCCAUGGGUCAUCCACUCUGCCAGAGAGCUUCGACAGCAAACCCUCCAAACCUGUCCCUAAACCCCGUGUCAACAUACGCAAGUCUAUGGAGCAGCCCUCAAUGGAUCAAAAGGGUCAUGCCAAUGUCCCCUGGAUAGUCGAGCCAGGACAGGAAGCCAAAAGAGGAGCCAACACCAAGUAUGAGACCACUAUUUUCUAAUAUACACCCAAAAUGCUGUCCACUCCUGUGUGUGUGCCUUACAGAGAGAGCCCUCUAGAGGCCCCCCAUGGAGCCACGGGCCCAGUGACCUGUGACAAGCCCGCGUCUCUCCGCACGGCCAAGCCCGCCCGUUUACCGUGGCUUCUGCAUGAUGACGCUGCCGCUGUCUUUUCUCUCCUUCAAUCUUUUGCCCCACUUUUUUUUCCUCUCUCUCUCUCUCUAUCCUUUGAUAUCACUCGCUCCCCCCACCUCUCUGGCCGCAGCACGAUACGGGAAGGUCCCGCUCAGCCCUCAGGGCCGCCAUGCUGCCAAUCCUCCUCCAAAACACACCCAAAAAAGUGUUGCAAGCGAUUGUUUUUCAUUCAGUUUUUCCCUCUCUCCUCUUUUGAUUUCUCCUUCCCUCCGUUCCUCACUAUUCUUUCCUCGGCUUCUUCAGGAAGCACCUCUCCAGCCUUUUCCCACCGCCCCCCUCGACUGCUUGAAUGACAACUUAAAACCAUAAUGCUGCUACAAGCCUUAUAAACACACAUGCUGUCGGGAUUUGCUUUCUUUGUUUCUUUCUGACUAGACAGCAUAGGGUUAGCAAGGCGGGAGGGAAAUGGAGAUAUUUUUGCGAGGUGGGGCAUCCGAAACGGCUGGAAUAGAAUGGAGAUUGGACUUCACACGAAGGACAUUUUGCUUGUGUUGUUUCUUUCGUCUAGUAGCAAAGUUUGAAUUUUUAGUAUCAGCGCUUUUCAGAGAGAAAGGAAAAAAAUUAAGUAACUAAUUUAAAUUAAGUAACUUAUUUUGGGGGAGUUUUUUUUUUUUUUUUUUAACAGCACACAAGUUACGAGCUUGUUUAGUCAGUCUUAGCAUAAAACAAAUUUGUGAAUGCAGAAGUUUGUCAGAUAGAAUUUAACAAGACACCCGCCAAAAAUUGUUUCGCAAAUUGCGUGUAAUCCUUGCUUUCCGAUGAAAAAUUUCCGUCGUAUUUUCUUUCUUUCCCUUUUUUUGCUUUUGCCUAUGAACAAAAACCCGAGCCAGUCCUGAGACAUGCAGUGUAGUUGAUGGAAAGCAUGCAGUCCAUGUGAACUGGAGAAGGGGGGGCUUUUUUUGAUGGACACUUUGGAUAAGUGAUGUGAUUUCAUUCACAGGGCAAUGGCGGACGCCCAUGUCUAUUACAGUGGAAUUCAGAGAAUGUAGCCUGCCCCUAACAUGGACCCUCACUCUCACAUGCAUUGCAAAAACGGACCACAUAUACGGAUCCUAAAAGCACGUGUAAGGAUUCGCACAAGGACUUUUUCGCCUGGGACUUGGUGUACACAUACAAGGACUGCCGACGUGGACCCAUGGCCUUUUAACGAAACACUAGCAUGCACUUGCGCACACACACUGCAUAAAAAAAAAAAAAUCAUUAAAAAAACAACAACAACAGGAGGAGACUGGAAUUCGAAUGUACAGCGAUUCGAGUUGCGUUCCGAAGGAUGGCCGCCGACACAGAAAUUUAUCGCACGAGAGACGGACUGGGGAAGGACUGUCCCUAUGGCGACUCGAAAACACUACACAUACUUUUCCCCCCAAUAUCUAGUCCAAAAUACCAUGGCAUGUCUGGGAUAAAAAAGGACUUUUCUGUAUUUUUUUUCUUUUCUGUUUUCUUUGUUUUUUUCUUCCUUUCUUUAAUCAUUUGUUUGUGGUUAUUGAUCAAAAAUAUGAAUAUGCACAAUGUGAAUGGACUCAUUGCACUGGACAACCACGAAAUGGAUGUGUCUCGUGCCAAAAUCACUAUGGAACCAUUGUUGACGUAAUUGGCAAUGCCACGCAGAUUAAUAUUCAUAUAUUGGCAAGACAUUUUACUAUUUAAUAGAAAACUAUAUUACCAUUACUGGAAUAUUUACAAUUAUUAUUCUUAUUGUGCAAUUCCCGUCUGAUGUCGUCUUAACAUAAUAUUAUUUUUAUAUGACGCAUCAAGCUCGAAUAAGCAGCCAUCCGUGAAAACUAAAAUAUUAUAUUACUACGGAGGAACUGAAUGUGCGGAUGGCAACAGAUAUCUUAUUUUCACUCAUUGUCACUGUAGAAUUUUGCCACAGUUCUGUAAAUAAAUAUUUUGUUGAAUCAUUGUUCAUAUAUGUAAUUAAAAACAAAAAAACAAAGAAAAAAACAUGUAUUAAGAAUGAUUAAAAAUAAAUUGGACUGGUAAACAAGGUACCAAAUUUCACAGGUCAAAGUGCAACACAUUAAAAGAAAACAACAGUAUAAACAAGGGGUGGAUUUGUGACAUCAUUGCUAACUGACAUGUGUAGAUAGGCUUGGGCUUCCAGCACACAGAUUUUGUAAGUUUGGUCUUUAUUUAUAUUCUUGCAAAGCACACGGAAUAAAUCCAGAUUGUACAACCAU